AUGACCUUGCCGAUCAGGACCUUCCUCGCCUUUCAGCGAGAUGGAAAGCUUUCUACUCUUCAGACCAGGGUAGUGGCGGUGCAAUCCUAUGGUGAUCUUGAGCAACAUAACCAAGAUCUUUUCAAGCAAGGCACUGAGCAUGAUUACGCCGUCAUCACAGAACAAACCAUCUUUCAUCCCCAAGGCGGGGGCCAACCUUCAGAUGUCGGCAAGAUGACGGAUCAAGGUGGCGCAUGUUUUACUGUCGCGGCGGCUCGAAUGGAUGCAACAGGCAACGGUCAAGUCUUGCACUUUGGACGAUUCAACUCCCCGGGCGACACUUUUAGUCAAGGCCACGAUGUGAGCCAGGUGAUCGACCUUGAACUACGCCUCCUCUAUUCACGAUACCAUACUGCUGGUCACGUCCUCGGCUCGGCAGUCAACCACCUCCUAAAGGACAAGAUCGACGAUUUUGACGAGCUGAAAGCCUCACACUUUCCUGAUUCCGCAUCGUGCGAGUUCCAGGGACUCAUUGAAGGAAAAUGGAAAGACGUCAUUCAGCAAAAGGUGGACGAGUUCAUCGCGGCAAAGAUGCCCGUUGAGAUCGACUGGUGGGAUGAACAGGAUUUCCGCGACAAUGGAUUGGAGCGUCUGACGCCUGACGCGAGCUUCGUAGCUCCUGGGGAGAAGUUCCGCGUCGUCAAGAUUGUUGGGGCAGAAGUGUACCCCUGUGGAGGAACCCAUGUUGACACAACCGACUUGUGCGGCGAGACCAAGGUUAAGAAGAUAUCGAGAAGCAAGGGCAAGUCAAAAGUUAGCUACUUGUUGCCGUAA